CAAGCAUCAUUUUAGACAUCAUCAGUUACGAUUUUAGGUUCUUGCAAAACUGCCGUUGCGCAUAGUUUUUUCUCUCGAAAACAAUUACAAUUAAUACAUUGAUACGUUUGUUAUUUUCACUGAACAGAUUUCAUUUAAUCUAUUUGUGUAUUUAUUUUUUCGUUUUAGUCAUAUUCAUAUAUUUUAAACAAGUAAAUGAUAAUGUAUCCACCAACCCGAAAGUUCGUAAUAUUAAAAUAAUAACUGCGUUAUACUUGUGAAAUAUUUAUAUUAAAUUAAAUAUAAUUAUGGUAAGUGCAAUGCUGUUUUUUUUUUUUAAAUCAAUAAAUUACAUUUUUGACCUUAGUGUACUGUUAGAUAUUUAUAUACGUUGCGUGGAAUUAUGUAGGUAAUACAAGUUAUAUUAACGAACGGUCGGGAAUCGGGCCACAUUUUAAAGUAAACAAUAUUUUUAUACAUUUUUUUACCCGGGUAUUGGGACACAAAUGUAUAACACAAAAAUAUAUGAUUUUAAAUAUAUUAAAAUGCAUAAUAUAAAAUAUAAUACCUAUAAAAUUAGUCAAAUAAUUAUUAUUAUUUUUAAAAAUAAUGUGAUACAGAUUGCUUUGCGCAGUAUUCAAAAGUGCCGUCAACAUUAAUUGAUUAUAACGAACAUAUAAGAAAUUUAAAUUUGUAAUCGUGAAAAAAAAAAUAAUAUGGUUUAAAAUAGUGAUGUUAAAUAGAGGUUUGCCUUUUGUCAAAUCUAAAAUAUUGUGGUCCAAUUCUUGGACGCCCAUAUUAACAUAAUUAAAUAGAUAGGUAUAGGUAUAUUAUAAUGACAAUAUAAAAUUGUAUAGUUAGCUUCCUUAUAAUAGGAUUUUCGAUGUUUAAAUGAAUGGACUUCUUUUGUUCCGUUCAAUUAUAAAAAAUCUAGUAAACAAUACGUAAAUAAAAUUGGGUUAUAUUUUUAAAAUUUCAUUUCUAGUUUUAACAUAUCAUGUAACCUAUUCUUGUUUUGAUUGUUUAUAUUUUUGCACGGGGGCGUCUGUGAUAUUAUCCCCAAGGGAUAAAGGUAAUUCAAAAACGUAUGCAGUUUUUUUUAUUCUAUAAAGUAAACUCUUAUUAGGUAUAUCGUAUAUAGGAAUUAAAAGAUCGAGAGGACAAUUGUCCCUCCUUGGGACCCCGACCCGGCCAACCACUGAAGUACUUACUAGGGGUUGUAUCCGAGUUCCGUCCCAAUUAAAAAUGUUUUUAUCAACACAUGAAUACAUAAAUACAUAUUUAAUACAAUUUAAAUACAUAAAUCAUAAAUACAUAAACUUUAAACGUAAUAUAUACUUUCAUAAAUACAAAUUUGUUAUUGGAUUAAAUUUAUAUAAUGUAAAAAAAUAAUAGUCUACAUAGACAUUUUCCAUGUCAAUGUUAAAAUACAGAAAAAAUUCAAAUAAAAUUAAAGCAUUAAUGUUUACAAAUUCGUAUUAUUUAAUGCGAUAACUGAAAGCAAUAUUAUCUUUAUUUUUAAAUAAUAUAAAUGUGAUACCGUAGUCUUAAAUUAUGUACUUUAUUAAUAUAGUGUAGAAAAUGCAAAACGGGGCGGAACUCGUGUGACUAAAUAAAUUACACGGGACGGAACUCGUACAUCCAUUUUAAAAACUCGGGAUGGAACUAGUGUAUCCUUAAAUUCAAAUUUUACAUUUGGGACGGAACUCGGAUGCAGCUUUGCUAGGUACUUUUCAUUCUUCCGCUCCUUAAACGCUUUUAUAGGCAUUUUUAAAUCACACCAAUCCGAUUAUUUUUGGAUCUACCGAUGGAUUUUUUUUUUUGUGAUUUUCUCUUCUGUUGGUAUCUACUGUUCUUACAAUUCAAUCUCCUCGUCUUUUCAUUAUUUAUAUAUAUAUACAUAUAAUAAUAUGCUAUACCUAUACUAUAAAAUAAUUUCACUAAUACAAACAAUUUAUUUAUUUGAAUUGAACAUUUCAUGUUUUACUAUACUACUUUCUAACAUGUACGUUUCAUUAUAUGAUGUAAGAUUGUGAUUCAGCGUAAAAAUUGUUCACUGAUUUAUUUAUGUCUAUCACUAUUAAUAAGAGGCUGUUAAAGCCGCAUGUAUAGUUUCCGUCUUAUUAUAAACGCACGAUAAGUAAAUUUGCAUUCUGCAGGACAAUUAUUCUGUCUUUGUGGUGUAAGUUUUAAUAUUUAAAUGAAUUAAUCUAUUAUGAAACUUAAGAGCAAGAAUAUCUUCUGUACUUGUUCGUCGGUUUUAUUGAUAGAUUAAUUUUUAAGAGAAAUACAAGUAGGUGCCUUAUGUGUAAGCAUUAUGUCAAAUAUCGCAAUUAAAAAAGUAUUAAAAUAUUUAAAUAAUUUAUACUUAUAAACUCAUAAAAUCGAUAUUAAUUAUUUGACUAUAAUAAAUUAAACAAUAAAAACAUAUUACUAUUAUGCAGUUAUGCGACUAUAUUUUAUAUACUACCUUGAGAUUAUUUUUUACAUUUCGAAUAUAAAUGAUUUACCAUUUAACCUAUUUAUUAUUAUUAUUAUUGUAUUUAAAAUAAAUUAUAUAAUUCUAAUUUAGUGUCUUUUUAAAAAAAGUUGAAAUCAAAGACUAAAUUUCGUAAUUUAUUGAAUUGUUAUACCCGUAUAUCUUUAACGUAUUUUUAUAUUUGAUAAUAAUUUUUAUUAUAUGUAAUAUAUUCUUAAAAACAAAAUACAUAUUAUAGAAAAAUGUAUUAUAUUUUAUAAUAGGUACCUAUUUAUACCUAUCCAUUAAAGUUUUUAUGUACUUAAAUUAAAAUAAGAAAUCAUUUUCAUAUUUCUAAUUAAAUAAUUUUGUGUUCUAAUUUAUUUAAUUAUUAACAAUUCGUUUGGAAGCUUUAGUAUUAACUAUAUUUAUUUUUAAAUGUCUAAAAAUAUAUCAUACUUUAAUAUAAAAUAUUCUGUUUCUAAAUAUUGAGUAUUGGCAUUUAGCACGGUUAUUCAUCUUAAAGUUUAUACACGGAUCCGUGUGCCUCACAAAAAUUCAAGAACCGCUAUUUCAAAAUGCAUAUUUUUUGCAUAUUUUCAUUUUUUAUAGUGAUAGUAUUUUGUUAUUAUUAUUGUCAAUAAUAUUUACAUUGCUCAAAUAUUAUCGUCAACAUUGUAAUUUUAAUUAUUCAACAAUCCAUUGAUGAUAUUCUUUCAUGAAUAGGUCACCAGAAAAAAGUGUUCAGAUACCUACCUGACCUAUCUACCUAUUGAACAUACGUUUGCAAACCGGUUUGUACGAUAAUGAAAUUCAUAUAAUUUCGUCAUAUUAUCAUAAAAUGCGUGUCACGGCAUGUAAUACUGUAUUCUAAUGAAUUUAUGAGUUGGAUGAGUGAGAAAUUAUCAUUCAAUAUUUUAUAUAGAUAAUAAUAUAAUAUUAUAAGUUAUAACACUUAUAACUGUUUCUAUACUUUGUACGUUAUAUUUGUUUUAUAUUUUUAUUAUAUCUAUGGGUUCUUUAAUAUAUGUUUUCUAAAUUCCAACUUAAUUUCGAGCAGAAUUUUUGUUAGUUGAUCCAUUGCAGAGGUUGUUUUUAUACUAGGGAAAAAUCUGGCAUCAUGUAAAGAUCAUAUAAACUUCAACUUUAAGGUGGAUGGAUGGGAUCCGAAAAGUCCUCGAAUCAGAUUUUUAAAUUUGCAUUUCUAUAAUAUGGAUGUGAUGUGUUCAGUAAGUAAGGCGUUUAGGGGAGCCAUAGGGGCUCCCCAGCCAUCAAAAUACCUAUAAAUAAUAAUUUCUUUCAGAAAUCUGUUUAGAAGUUUAUAGUGUUAAUAAAUUAUAAUUACGGUCUCUGCUGAUAGUUGUGCUAUCACAUUAAGCAGUCAGGUAUCACAUUGACUGACUGACGUCUGGUCAUGUUAGAUAAAACUUAAAAGUAUAACUUUUGGACCAAAAGGAUAUUGUCCGACCUCCUAGAAGACGAACUAAAUCCGCCACUGGUGCUCAGUGCAGUCUUUGUGGAUUUUUUUUUUUGUUUUUAAAAUAGUCUAAAUAUACAAGGUAUCUACUCGCCUUAUAUGCGCUAGUUACCUACUAAAAACUGUCACGUGACGACACGUGUUACAUAUAUAAAUAUGCUACAUAUUAUAGAUAAUACGAUAAUUAAUGCCUAAUCAUUAAUAUUACAACAAUUAAUUAAUAAAACAGGAUUUACUGAAAUUUUAAUUGCUGAUAAAAUACUUAAUAAUUAUUACAAUUGAUUUUUUUUUAAAUCUAAUAUAAUAUAUAAUGUGAUCUAAUUAAAUGUAUACACUCCUUAUUUCGAAAAGUAUCAACUUUUUACAGAAUUUGUUUUAUAAAAUCAUUAGAACCAGUGGUGUUUUCAUUAAUUUUUUUGAGAGUAUACUGUACCAGCUAAUUUUAUAUAUCUUUCUCAUGAACUAUAGUGUUCACAGAAAAAUAGAUAUCAAUUAUCCAAAAAAUUAAAUUAAAAUUAUUAAAACAAAAUACUCGACAGUUUUAAAAAUUAAGUGCUAUUGACUAUAUGAAUCGUGAAAUGUUCAGUUAAUUAUAAUAAUUACUAAAAUAAACACAAUUUUUAUUACUAUUUCGGUUUUGGUAACAUAAGUGGUAUGAACGGCUCAUGAUAAUAAUAUAUCAUGUAGGUUUUUUUGUUCUUUAAACCAUUUAAGAAUAUAAGCAGUAAAUCCGUAAUUUUUCAACAAAAUUUUGAGAGUAUACAACGUAUAUGUAGGAACACCACUGAUUAGAACCUUUAUGAAACAGGCAGUUUUUUUGUUCACCCUUAUUUUUGGGGGUAAAAAGUUGCCUACUUUUGAUUUACAAAUAGUAACCUAUAUUAAGAAUCCCAUGUUCAGAUGGAGCAUUACUUGUUGUUUAAAUGUAUUUCAAUAUUGAAGUUUUUGAUUUCCGUCGACUUGUUAACAAAAUAUUCCACUUUUUAGUUCGGGUAGGGGGAUAGUAGUGGAGCGUCAUAUGUAUGGUGGUAUGGCACACAGCGUUUUAAUAAUGCACCACUACUCUCCCUCGACCUAAACUUAAAAGUGGAAUAUCUUGUUAACAGGUUGACGGAAAUUAAAAAUGUAAAUAUUGAAAAGCAUUUUAACUAAUAAGCAUUCUAUAAAAUGUAUUUUUAAUAUAGGUUGCUACUAGAAAAUCAAAAAUAGGUAAUGAUUUUAACCCCCAACAAAAAAAGAUUUUUUUUUUUUCAGGCACGUAUAGCCAGUAGGAGAAGUGUUUUGGAUCCUCCAUGAAAUUUAAACUUUCUUCAAAAAAAUCAAAUUUUUGGUACAAUUAUUGGUAGUGGGUAAUAAAUUUUAUGUUCGGACACCACAAACAAAUCCUGGCCACAUGUCUAUAUUAUUCUGACGUGUACUUUUUGAGGCAAGUUUACGAAUAUAUCAAUAUCAUGCUAUCAUCACUUUUGAAGCUUCAUUGUAUACCGAAUAAGAAGUGUAGUUUCAAUCCUUCAUUUAAUUUGAGACUCAUUGAUUUUUUCAUCUCCUUUUAUACUAUUAUCAUCAUUCACUAUAUAUGUUUGUAAUAUUGUUUACAAUCACCGUCUUGGUCUUUGGCAAUUGUGGUAAUAUGGUUACCAGAGAUAAACACAGAGGAAAUAGAUAGAUUGCCGACCUUAUAUUCUAAGAACGUGCAACAGAAUAACAAUAAAAUUGACAUUCAUAUAUUUUGUUUAAGCAUAGAUUAAAUACAGAUUAAAUAGUAUGUUUAAUUUAUGGUUUAAGCAACUAGAUAUCAAAGUUAUGUAAAUAAAAAAAAAAAGACCUAAUACUGGGUAUGGGUGCAGCUUAUGUUGUAGGUAGGUAGUUAGGAUGGUGGGAUACAAAAUGUUAUUUAUUUAUACUUGCAAGCAAUGAUAAACCAUAACCAUUGCUAACGAAAAACAGUUCGAAGCGAAGUUCGGUAAUACAUGUUUUGAAAGAUUGUAAUAUUUACGAUUUUCGUCAAAUAUUGCAUUUUACUCAAUUUUGUUUUUUGACCACUAAGUAUGAAUUAUAAUUAACCUCCUGUCAAAUUUUUAAGCGUUUCUGUUUAGUCUCACAAUUUCCUCCACAGAGUACCUACCAAAUAAAAAUAACGUUAAAAACUCGGAAAAUUGAAAUUUUUAUGUAUAGUUCAAAAAUGGCUUAAAUAUUUUGAAUAUUUACCACUUCUAGAAAAAACAAAUAUUAGUUUUCUGUUCAAAUUUCAAGUUUAUAUAGAUAUUUUUAACUGAAUCAAAACAAAAUUUAAAAUAAAACAUAUCGUAAAUUUCUCCAUUUUUUAUACGUUUUUAUUUGUUUUUUUAAUUAUUAUAAAAAAUCACUUAAAAAAAUCAAAAUUAUACUUAUUUAUUCUCCAAAUAAAACCACAAAAAAAAACCUUAUACAUUACAGUGAUACCAAUAGAUCCUUCGUUACACUCAAAAUCUAAAAAAUAAAUAUUUAUACCUAAUAUAUUUUCGUAAAUACCAAAGCUGGGAAAGUUAUCCUAUUUGUUCAACUAGUUUUAGUUAAAUUAAUAGUUAAAAGUUAUUGCAUAAUUUGUAUUAUGUAUUACGUAGUUUACUAUUAAGUUAAAUAUACAUUAUACAUUUGUAUAAGUCUAACUAAAAAAGACUGGUAUUUGGUAAUUGCACCACAAUUAUUACAAUAAUAUGGUAAUAUAUUAUAUUAAGUAGUAAAAUUAAUUUACAAACGAACGUCCAUUAUUACUGGUUACUGCAAGCAUCUGGAUAUUAUCAAUUAUUAUAUUUAGGUGUAAUAUGGGUACAUUUAUUAAAGCUAAAUCCAGUUUAUUUGUUUAGUUUUCAUUUUUAUAACUUCUUUGUAUUCAAGUCAAAUAUUAUAAUAUUGCAGCAUAGUAAACUUUGUUUUAAAGUUAUAACUAACAAAUUAUAAAAUGCAUGUACGAAAAAACAAAAUUAAAAUAAUAACUCUGAAUGACGUAUGCAGUAUGUGUACCCAUUUUUAAGGUUAUGCAAUACAUCUAUUUUUCAGUAAUACAGAAUAUGUUUAAAUGUGUACCUUUAUUUAUUUACCGUUAAGUAUACCUUCGACUGUGACUAAAUAAUAUCUAUUAAAAUGUUUUAAAUAGGCUUAUCCGAAAUCAGUGUGGUUUAUAAUUUGCAAUGAAUUCUGCGAACGAUUUUCCUACUAUGGUCUACGAAGUAUGUUGUUGUUCACUAUUAUAAUAUAUAACAUUAUACAAUUCUUUUAAAAUUAUUUAUUUGUUUUGUUAAAAUUUACAAACAAUAUUUAAUAUAUCAUGUUUCAGCUGUAUUGGUAUUAUACCUUACAUCCAUAUUACAAUAUAACGAUGACCAAUCUACUAUUAUUUAUCACAUGAUUGUUUUCUUGGCUUAUUUUUCACCACUAUUCGGCGCUAUCAUAUCAGAUUCUUACUGGGGGAAAUUCAAGUACGUAUAUAUUAUUAGUAUUUAUGAAUUUAUUUAAUUAUCUUUAAUACUUAAUUGUUAAUCUAAUGUAUAAUAAUAUCUUAAAACUGUUUCGAUUGGUCAUAUAAAGUUUACAGGUAUACUAUAUUCUUUAGUCACACCAAAAAUAUACAUUUUAUGUGAAUUGAGAAUGUCGUGCAUUUACACCAAUGAUGUGUACAUAAAACAACUUUUUUUAAAAAAUUUGACAUUGCAUAUUUUAAAUUAUGAUGAUAAAAAUCGAACUGACAUUUUAUUGAAAAUAAGUUGUUUAAACUUUCAAUAACUAAUCAUAUUUAUGUAUUAAACUUAUGUAUUUACUUACUUAUAUGACCUGAAGAAUACGGAUUUUAAACUUUAUAUAGAUUAUAACAUGGUAUUACUUAUGUAAAAAUUAAUAUUCGAUUGAAUUUUUAAGUUUCUACAACACCUAUUUUUACCAUAUAAAUACCUAUUUUUUUCAGAACAAUAUUAUAUUUAUCAAUAGUAUAUGCCAUUGGAAAUUUAGUUGUAACUGGGGCCUCCUUGGCAGAUUCAUUCAGCUUGAACAAUCAGAGGUAAAUAAUAUUAAAAUUAAUUAUUAAGAGACAAUUAUUUGAUGAUUUUUAUUAGAUUCAAGCUAAUAAUAGUAUUUUCCUAUAAUAACAUGGUGAAAUCAAUCUAAAUUUAAUCAUACCAUCUGUAAAAAAACCCUCGAAUUCCCGAGUUUGAACUCAUUAUUAAUUGAUCCUGAGGAAGUCAAAAAAAGAAGUGUAAAAAAGUAUUGGGAAAAAUUCAUAUUAUCAGAGUUGGUAAUAAUCAUGUAUACAACUAUAAAACGACUAAAAUAUUUGAAUACAAUUUUUUUCUAUGAAAUAUAUUGUUAUUUAGUAUUCACUAUAUUGAUUUAAACUAACUGUUUGAUGUAUUUUUUAUUGCUUAGCAACCAUAUAGCUAAUUUAUAUAAGUUUGAAAAUAAAAAUAAAGAAAAUUCAUUUUUAAAAAACAUUUAAGGGUAACAACAGUUAACUGCAGUAAUAGUGACGGAGAUUGAAACAAGAAAUCUAGAGGGAAAUUGUUUUUAUUACACAUUUAUAUGGUUCGGGCAACGUCAGGCGAAACUGCUAGUUAAUUAAUAAAAAUCACAUUUAUCUUGGUGAAUUUAUUUAAAUUAAAGAUUAAAAUAAAAAAAAUGUCUUAUUAAAAUCAAUAAUUAAUUAUUUAGAAAAUUAAUUGGUUUAUACCAUAUUAUUGAAAGAAAAAUAUUGAAUUACUAUGGGCCCUAACCGAACGGUUUCAACAAUAUUCAACAAUCUAUUAUUAAUUUUUAGAUACUUAGCAUUAUUGGGAUUAGUAUUGAUUUCAAUUGGCACGGGUGGUAUAAAGCCAUGCGUUUCAUCAUUUGGCGGUGAUCAAUUUGAACUUCCUGCUCAAGAAGUUUAUUUACAAAAGUUCUUUUCCAUAUUUUACUUUUCUAUAAACGCAGGCUCUCUUAUUUCAACAUCAAUAACACCGGAGCUUAGAAAAGACGUUCAAUGUUUCGGCCGAGAUACAUGUUUUCCAUUAGCUUUUGGUAUACCAGCUGUACUUAUGGUGAUUUCAAUAUGUAAGUAAUAUUCAAAUUAAGUACUUAUGUACUAAUAUUGAACUAUAUUUGAUGUAUCUUAAAUGUCUUAUAAUGUGUUAUUUUUUAAACUAGUUAUAUUCAUAAGUGGAAAACCUCUAUAUAAAAUUAAAAAACCAGAGUCUAACGUUAUUGUAACAACUUCUUCGUGUAUUUACGUAAGUUCUGAUAUUUGAAUUUUUAAUACCUUAUUACAAUUAAAGUCUAAAACACUAAAUAACUUAAAACUGAUAUAUUUAUUUCGAAGUUUAAUACCAUAUACUUAUAUACAGGCAGGUCCAGCGGAAGGGGGGACAAACUGGGCACCCAUCUAAGAACUCGCGCUUUAUGGGGCCUCGAAUUUUUGUAUUAAAUAUUUUCAUAUUAGUUUUAUUGUGAUGUAUGAGAUUUUUUUUUAUUAUUGUACCCAUCUGAACUACCUACCUAGCAAAAUAAUUAUAUUUUAAUAUUUAUGUUCUGUCGGAUGUGCAUUAAUUCAUGAAUUUAUAAAUUGUUUAUAACUAAACAUAUCGGUUUUCACUAUUGAUUUUUAAAAGCUAUUUUCAGGGCCCUCAGGAAUAUUUUGCCUAAGGUUUCGAAAAACCUAACACCUGCCCUUUAUACAAGACUGCGAAUUUAAUACAACGAAAUACCUUAAAAAAUGUCUUACAAAUGCACUUGAAAUGGUUUUUAAUUUAAUUUUUAUAUUUAUAUUGAUACUACUGAUGUAAUAUGCCACAAGUCCAAAAAUAACUAAUUUAGUAAUAUUUCCUUAUUUUAUCGAAUCCUUAACUUAACCUAACCCGUUUACAGCUCAUGUAAAAUAUUAUUUUACAAAAUAUAAAUUUGAUGUAUACAAAGCCUGUGUAAAACCAAAAAUAUGUGUGUGUGAAGAUGUUAACUGACGGAAUUUGAUUAAAACCGCCAAAAAAUGACCUAAAAUUAAAAUCGUCAAAAAAUAAAAAAUAAAAGUUUAGUAAAUUAAUUUGUUGUUACGUAAUUCAAAUUACGUACUUGGAAAGCUACGUUUCGCAAUCAGCUACAAAAAUGUCUUUUCUUACAAAUUCACAGCCCUCAUAUAUAUAAAAUAAGUUUAUAACAAUAAUAUCAACACAUAAGUAUAAUUUGUAGUUAUUAAAUAAUAUAACAUUUUAUUACGCCGUAUCACGUAUUUUAAUUGAUGCUUUUUUUUAGAACGCCUUAAAGAAAAAAUUGUCAUUGUUUUCAUCGAAUAUAACAAAAAGUCAUUGGUUGGAUUAUGCGGACGAUAAAUUUUCAGAAAAAGAAAUUUCAGAUAUACGUUCUGCUCUCGAAGUCAUAUAUUUAUUUAUUCCAUUUCCGUUUUUCUGGGCUUUAUUCGACCAACAGGUAAGAACACUAAUCUCUACACACCUAAUAAUAUCUAAUAAAAUAAUAAAGUAAAACAAAAUUAUUAAAAUGGUUAAUACUCGUAAAUAAUUAGUACUAUAUCGAAUAAUAUCAUUAUUAGUUAUAAAUACUAAUCAGAGAAAUAGCGUUAUACACAUAAUAUAGAAAUCAAUAGAAUCGUAUAAAAGAAUCACCUAUACAGAGUGUCCUACAGUGUUAUCCUUUAAUUUUGUAUCCAUUAAUAUGUGAAAAUUUUUUUUUAUUUUAUCACUAUAAAAAAAUAUAAUAAAAUAUAUAAUUUGUAAAAGAUAUACUAAACAUUUAAAUGUAAUAUACUUACAGUGAUAAAACAAAAAGUUAUUUUUUUUCAAUAAUUUACGGAUGGAACUAAAAAUUUAAGUUUUCUCUACAUAUGUGUCCCCCUCGCAGAAAACCCGUUUGGAAAAAAAAAAUGAAUAUUGACAGAAUUAUUAGCAUACGGAUAACACUUUAGGACGCCCUGUGUAUGUAAUUUAGUUUUGUUAUAAUUAUUACUAUAUUAGGUAAAUAACUAUUUAUAUGAAAUACUUAGAAGUAUUUAUAUUGGUUUCAUAAUUAUUAUAUGAACAUUGAACAUAUUAUACCUUCACCAUUUAUACCAGAAAAUAACUUGUUUUUAAUAAUAAUAAUAAUACCAUAUUAUGUUUAUAUAGUUCAUAAAAUUAUUACUAUAAAACUAUAAAGUAUUUCUAAUAGUUCAUAUUAUAUGAGAUAUUAAUAUUUUUUUAUACUAUAUUAUAUUUGGUUUAAUUUUAUCUACUUUUGUAAAUCUAUAAUAUAUUCAUUAACGAAAUAUUUUUUAAUAAAAUGUUCAGGGUUCUCGUUGGACAUUACAAGCCACAUUGAUGAACGGUAGAAUCGAUUUUCUUAACUGGACAAUGAAACCCGAUCAAAUGCAAGUGGUGAAUCCACUACUUGUUUUGUUAUUUAUUCCAAUUUUUGAAGUUUUAGUUUAUCCGUUACUAGCUAAAAUCGGUAUUCGAAAACCAUUACAAAAAAUCGCAUUGGGCGGUUUUCUGGCCGCUUUAGCUUUUGUUCUAUCAGCUAUAGUCCAAAACAUGAUAAUGGUAAGUAUUCAUUAUAUCGUGUAUGUAAUGUAAAUUAUUCACGAGUAUAAUAUAAUAUUAUGAUCUUAAUAAUUUAUAAUUAAUAAAUAUGUUAAUAAACAAUAUUAUAUUUUUUGGAAAUUUUCUCGUUUUGUUGACCUAUGUUUAUUUUCCAAUAAUUUUUUAAUUUUAAUUUUAAAUGUUUGUUUAUGAUUCUUCUUGUAGAAAAUUAAAACUAAUUUACUUUUUAAAUUCCUCACUGUUGUAUAUUAUUAGGUAUUUAGGUACCUGCACCAGGUACCUAAAUUAUAUAGGUAGGUAGGUGAUACCUACCUAUAUAAUACUAUGCAAAUAAAUUUAAAGUUUUUAGAUAUUAGGUACUUACAUAUUUAUUAAUUUAGGGUAAGGCGAUUCAUAUAGACGCUGGUAACGGUCAACUAAGAUUGUUUAAUGGAUUUAAUUGUAACGUGACAGUAAAAAGUUCAGCGAAUUUAUUCGACCACAAUUUAGCUUCAUUGGAAACAUUAGAGAUAAGAGAAAUAAAAGUUUCUAAUGAAACGUCGUUUCCUAUUAGUCUGUUUAUUGAUUCUUCGUGUUCUUCAAAAUUAUCGGAAACAAAUUUAAUGAGUAAUGUAUCAAUCGUAGAAGGAAAAGUUAGUUUACACAAAUAAAUAAAUAAUGUUUUAAUGUAGUUUUUCGGCAUUUAUUGCCUUGAAUUUAUAAAACCGAACCUAAUAUGUAGUUUUGAAUUACAGGAAACUUCAUAUUUUAUAACUCAUAUGAAUAAUAAACUCAAUUUAAAAAGAAUUGGUUAUGUGGAUGACUUAACUAAACACAGCAAUCCAGUUUUAAGGUGAAUUCUUAGAUAUAUAUAUAUUUAUAUAUUGAACUGAAUAAUAUUUUGUAUAUGUUUAUUAUUAUUGCUAAUAGGAUAAUAAAUAGUGACGAUUUAUCUAAUAAAGUCUUUACAAUGAAAAAUGAAGAAAGCGGCAAAACGGCGAUUGAAUUAAAUUUACAAACCUUGACAACUAUAAUUUCAGUACCUCUCGGGAAGUAAGUUACCUAUGUAUUAUUAAAAAUAUAUUAUUUCAUAAAUACCUAGGUUAUAAUUACAACCGAAAAAUAAAAGGUACGUAAUUUGCUAAUGGGUGAGCCACUAAAAGGUCUUCAUAAUUACAAUUUGAAAAUAAUAAAUUUCGUAAUUUUCUCGUUUUUCCUACGUUUUUUCUGGGUUUUUCCUAUUUUUCAUGGGAAAAUUAAAAAUGAUACCAUUAAAAUUCCACUCCAGACAAAUUUUCUUUAAGAAAAAAUGCUACACUUGAAAAUCGGGGCAAAAUUUCUGGUAGAAAAGUUGUUCACAGAAAAAAUAAAUAUAUAUAUAUCAAUGUAAAACCAAUACAUUCAUCGUUUCGCUCAGAAACUAAAGUUUGAAUAUGAAUUGUUUUUAUCAUUUAUUAGGUAUUUAAAAUAUUAGAUUGAUAUAUCUAUACUAGUAACUAGGUAUAUCUCAAUUAUUUUUAAUGAAAUUAAAUGUAUUCAAUUAAUGGUAAUCAAAACAAUCAUUAUGUAUUUACUUGGAUAUAUAUUAGAUUCAGACAUACAGAAUAUAUAGACAUUGAUUAAGUAUAUUUAACCAAUUAUUUUAUAAUAUUAUAGUCAUAUAGAUUAUAGAGUUUAAAAAUAUAGUAUAUUAUGAUGUAUAAUAAUAUGAUAUAAUUAGUAUACCUACACAGAUAUCCGAGAACUAGAUAACAUCAAUUACUAGGUAUUAAUAUGUGAUAAUACCGGACAUUCAAUGAUAAUCUUGAACGGCCCCCUGAAAAUAUAUACCAUAUAUAUUUACUAUUUACUCUUAUCUCCUUGUGCUUUAUAUUCUAGAACCUUAUCAUCGUUCGUGUAGAUUAAUGUUUCUCAACGUGGGUGAUAACGCUGUGGAGGGGUACUGACACUAUGAGACGGUAGGGAGCGGUGACUGUGUUUUUGCAUAAGAUACAUAAAUAUUGCAUAAUAUUAUGCUUCAUUGGAACGAAAUUAAGUUAUUCUUUUGUUUAUUAAUUUUAUUUUUAUUUUUUCAAUAAAAAACACUUUUAAUGUGAGGUAUACAAUUUUAUUUUUUGAUUAGUCAUUUGUAUUGUUUUUAAAUUUUACAAUUUAGUUGUUCUCCUCUUCUUUCCCAUAGGUACCCUUAAUGUUGGGAUUUUAACAUAAGGGAUUUUGAAAAAUCGUUUUCUUUUCUAGGGAGUGGUCAUUUUAAAAAUAAUGAUAAACAUUGUUCACUGGUGUAAAUAACAACAUAUUAGGUAACACAAAACUCGAGUUCCAAAUUUACUUCAUAAACUACCUAUCAAGUUGAACAAAUUAGUUACUUUAAAUAAUAAAGUAAUUUUAUUUAACUAGUUUUAUAAAUUCUUUAAUAAAAAAAAAAAAGAAGAAAGGAUUUAUAUUAAAAGGACGUUAUACCCACAUCUACUGUCUCAGUCCAAGUAGUCCAACUAUCGGGUAUUAUGCAAAAACAAUGCAUACGGAGAAUAAGUAAAACUAGCUUAAUUUUGGUAUUAGAGUAAAAGUACCUAUUAUGAAAUUUAUAGAGAACAUUAUUUUGGAGGGAUAUCUUAGGGUUUUUGUAGUAUUCAAAAUAUAUAGCUUGAUAUAAAAGAUACAAAAACCUUUUUUUUUUCUUUUUUUUUUAAAAUAACUAUAACUUUUUUAAUAGUUCAUAAUUACAAAAACACCUAUGACCUUCCCUCCAAAAUAUUGUUUUCUAUAAAUUUCAUAAUAAAUAUUUUUAUUUUAAAAUCAAAAUUAAGCGAGUUUUAUUUAUUUAUUUAUUUAUUGCGGGACUAGCAUAGAUUACAAUCUAUUAUGUUUUUAUUAAUUUAUAUAAAAUUAAAAACUGUGAAUGUUCAUACUAUAUGUGCAUAUUGGGGGUAAAUUAAAGGGCUAGAACAAUUUAUAGUACACAAAUCCGUGGGAAGCACCUCCCAUACCUCCUAAAAGACUAAAACUAAAAUAAACUACAUUACAAUAAUUUUAAAUUUUUAUACAAAUAUAAUAAAUCAAAAUUUCAAUUAAUUAUACUUUUCAAGCACAUAUUCAGGAUCAAUUUUCGGGGGGUUUUGAAAUAUUUAUAAUACAUGAACUUGUAGUUAGUCUUUGUUAUGUUAUAAUAAUAUACCUAUACUUAAAACCCCCUUGUAUACGGGCUUGAUACUUGUAUACAGACAAAUUAAUAACUAAUUAAGUUGAAACUGUAUAAAUGUUAAUAUAAUCGGUAUUCUAUUUAUUUAUGUUAUGCAACUAAACUGUAUAGUCUAUACAAGAAUAAAUCGUUUACAUAAUUUAUUAUGUAUUCAAAAUAUUAAAAAAAAAUUAUAAUCUAUAACUACUAAUUAAUGUGAUACAAUAUUUAAUAUUCUAUUUGAUACUACAUAUUUUUGUAACAUAAUUUCGUGAAUUCGUAAAUUAUAUAUAAUAGAAAAAAAUGAAUAUUUUAUUCAAAGCAAUAAACUACAAUAUAUAAUGAACAAAUGAUUGGUGAAGUAGUGAAAUAAAUUAUUUUGGGAAAUUGUGGUUGCUAAACACCCCUUAGCACCUUCCUUUGUGUGUCUAUGGCUCAGACAGUGAGUUAUUCCACCCUUCAUUAUUAAUUUUUACAUAAAAUGCUUUUUUAAAAAACAUUAUGGUAUUAAGUAUAAGUAUUAUAUACAAGUAAUAUAAUAAUAAUAGAAUCAUUUUUUAAAUAUUUAUUAGAUAAAUUAUUCUCUUUUACCUUCAUCUCAACUAUUUGGGGUUAGUCUAAACCUAUCCAAAACUUUCACUUGACCCGAUCCCCCAUAUCGUACUCGAACACAUUAGCCAUCCUCAUAUCAUUUUCAAUCCCAUCCAACCAUCUAUAUUUCGGUGUUCUUCUUUCCUCCAAUGUCUAUUUUCAUUUAUUAGAAAAUAAAUUAAAUUAUUCAAUUUGAAAAUAUUAAAUUGUAAAUUAUAUAUUUUUCAGAUAUCGUGUUUUCAUAGAUGAAACAUUUCUAACAGAGUUAUAUUUAUUACCAUUUAGUGUAAAUACACUUACUCUACAAGUUAAUUCUGAAAAAAUAGUAAGUUUAUUUAUCGUCAAAUAUUUUUAACAGUGCUUAAAUUUGAGUGUUGGUACAUGAAAUACUUCUUUAAGAUAUAUAUUUCUUUUGAUAUAAGUCUUCUUCUUCUCCUCCACUUGCAUCUCAAUUAUUUUAUGUCGGCCACCCUAGAUCUUAACUUCCACCCGACACAAUCUUUAAAAAUAUUUUCUCAUACAUUGACCGUCUUAUAUCAUUUUCGAUCUCAUCCAAUCACCUCUGUUUCUAUCUUUCUCUCUUUCCUCAAACAUUUAUUUUCAUUAUCAUUCUUACUGUUUUUAAUAAUGACAUAGGUAUUUUAAUUUAUUUGUUUCCAAUUUAUGCACUCAUUUCUGGUUAACUAGCUGUCCCGCCCUACGUAGGCCGUGUCAAACAAAUAUGUAAUACACAUUUUUUAAUUCCUGUCACUAUCACCGUAGUUAAACAUUGUUACACUCAAAUUUUAGACUGAGUGGAACAAAGAAUGUAUUGGUUUUACAAUGGUGUUUAUUUUUAUUAAUUUUUUUUGUGAAUAACUUUUCUACCAGAAAUUUUGCUCAGACUUUCAAGUGUAGCAAUUUUUCUGAAAGGAAAUCUGACUGAUUUUCUUUCAGAAAAAUUGCUAUCGCUGUAAAUUGGAGAAAAAUAGCUAGCAGAAAAAAUGUUUUGAAAAAAAAAAAAAUAAAAUAAACAUCAUUGUAAAACCAAUACAUUUAUCGCUCCACUCAGAAUCUAAAAUAUCGAGGAUCACCUAUCGGAAAAUAACUGUCUUAUCUCGCAAGUUGAACGUGAUAAUACAAAUGUAUACAAUUUCAUAAAAAAUGGUUUAGCGGUCUCAGAGAUUACCGCGAACGGACAUCGUGAUACGGGAUUUUUUAUAUAUAAAGCCCUACGCAUACGGAGAUACUCAAAAAAAAUUGAAACCACCUAGAUAUUAAGAAACUGGGCAAUUAGGCAAUUGCGUAUGUAUGUCUGCAUAUCAUCGUUCAGACGACGCUACUAAAAUUGUCGCGAAUGAUAAACUGACGCGACUAGACAUGUCUCUUCGCUAUUUUGGUUGAUCGAGUUGCCUAAUUAUACUGUCUGUAUAAUGAAGAGUAGGACAAAUAAUUUCUUUUAAUCCAAGGUAAAGGUUGUUUUAUAUUUAAUUAUCUUUUAAGAUGAUGUGACACAUUAUAUAACAUAUUUAAUAACUUAUAUAAUAACAUAAUAUAUAUAAUAACUUAUAUAUUAACAUAACAUAUUUAAUAACCUAUGUGAUGUCUCGUGCUUAUCACAAUCUUAUGAUAAUCUUAUCAUUACAAAGGUCUUUUUUUUUUUAUUCUGUAUAAUGCAAGAAAUCGAGAGUCAGUUUCCCGUAUUUUCUUAGUAGCGACGAAUAGUUUGCAGUUAAUAUUUUUUUUUCAGUAUAAGGAUUGAACAUUUUCUUCAUUUUUUUCAUGUGGCGUUUAUAAUAAUGAUAAAGAAUAAUAUUUUCAUCGCUACUAGAAUCACUACUAGUCAUUACGAAAUACUAACAAUAAUAGUAUAAUACAAAUAUUAAUAUACUAAUAAUAAUAAUAAUAUUCAUAAUUUAUCAAUUAAUCUGAUUAUUAGUAUAUACGUAUUGUAUGAAAAACUGAAAAAUACUUAACUAUGCUAGUAACUAGUAACUUAAGUUGUCUAGUUUAUCAUUUACCUAGUAUCUAGGCGAUUUCAAUUUCUUUUGAGUAUUCCCGUGUGCGUAGGAACCUAAAUAUAUAUAUUCAUAUAUUUAUAUAAAUUGGUUGUUGCCAUAGAAAAAUGUGAGUUUUAAAAUAAAAUUUCGACAAAAAAACAGGAAAAAGUAUGAAAUAUAUAACUAAAAUAUUACGAUUUUUUUUCUUGUGCACAACUUUUCUACAAGAAAUUUUACUUCAAUUUAUAAUGAUAGCACUUUUCUGAAAGGAAAUCUGACUGGGAAGGUACUUUAAAAUACUUAAGAUAUUAAAAACCGACCAUUUUAAUGUCUCAACUUGACAACAUUUUGUUUCAAAAUGGUUCUAUACUCUUAACUCUAUAUAUCGGAGCAAAAGUUAUUUUCAAAAAUUUGUUAACAAACAGAAAAAAAAGAAAUAAAACUACACAUCAUUGUAAAACCAAUAGGUACUUCACUACCGUCGAGUCGUUUUCAAGUGAUCUUUCAUAUAUGCGGCGAUUGAUUUUUAUUUAAACAGAUAUUUGGUAUUAUUUUAUUUGAUUUAUAAUUAAUUAAUUUAAAUGUACACAUUAUAGAGUUCACAUUUAGCAGUCUUAGAAAAAGGUAAUUAUAUACAUAUAGCAUGGCAAUUACCUCAAAUUACUGUGAUGACAGUUGCAGAAAUUAUGUUUUCGAUUACAACAUUAGAAUUUGCAUUUACACAAGUAAAUUAUCUAUAUAUUUUAAUAUUUUAGUAAUACAAUAUAAACUUAUAUAAAUAAUGUUAUUUGAAUUAUUUGAAGGCACCUUCUAGUAUGAAAUCCUUAUUGGCGGCAGUUAAUUUGUUGACAGUAGCAUUAGGAAAUUUAAUAGUGGUAAUUGUGUCUGAAGUACGAUAUUUUGACAAUCAAGUAAGUAUUUAAAAAUAACUAAUGUAUAUUUAUCUACUUACUAAUACAUGCUUAAAACCAAAUGUUUUAUUUAUUUUUUUAGGCCUAUGAAUAUUUGCUUUUUGCUGGACUUAUGGCAUUGGAUAUGAUAGUAUUUAUUCUAAUGUGUUCAAAAUAUAAUUACAAAAAUUACAGUGAACCAAAUGAACAGACCAAGUUAAAAACCUAAAAAAAGUAUUUUUAAGUAUUAUGUUGAUAUUAUAAUAUAUUUAGUUAAUUGAUUUAUUUUGUUUGUACAAUUGUACAAUAUAUUUACUAAUUAGUAAUAUUUUUUAAAAACUACAUAUAUUUAAAAAUGUAUAAAUAUAAUAAUAUAAUAAGGUACCUAUCUAAUUAAUUUUAUUUAUUUAUUUAUACUUACACAAUAUAGUUUAAAAGAGUAUUAUGCAUACAGCAUACACACAAUGUAGAUAACUAUAUUAUGAAUUAAUUAAUAUCUUUAAGUUUGUAAUCUUUCGAUUGGGUUAUUUGUUUUUUUUGUUUACAUUAUUUUUCUUUCAGUCGACAAAGCUCAAAUAUCGUUUUGACUUAAACUUUUUAUGUACGCCUUUCAUUUGCUGAUAUGUUUUUGUCUUCAUAACUUUAAGAUUCUUGAAAAAAAAUCGUACAAUUUCACAAUAAUAUUAGAAAUAAUCAUGUUUAAACUAAAUAAGAAUACAGAUUAGAUGUUUAUUAUGCAUACAUUGUGUAUCUUUUAUUCUCAACUCACCUUAAUUUCAUUAGGUAAGUUUUUUACUGUAUUAUCAUUAUUAACUUUCUUAUGGAUAAUACAAUCUUUUUUUAAACAUUUUUU